AUGAUGGCAACAUCAGCUCCUGUUUGGAAGACACUUCGUGUCUGCCCGGCAGACCCCCUCGCUCUCUCUCACCCACAGGCUAACCACAGCCAAUCACAGGGGUGCAGGGGGGAGGUGUCAGAGGAGAGUCAGCACUUAAUUGGUGAUGGUCUCACUGACUGGAUGACGGAAGAAGUGGAUUUCUCCUCGUACCUCCCAAACCCUCCUUCCCCUCCCUCCUCCACCAAUGCCUCCCUUCCCCCUUCACCCCUUCAGAAUGAUAUCCAGGUGCCCUCUGACUUGGAGGUCAUGACCUCUCUGCUGCAAGAGGAACUCGCCCAACUAGAGGACUACUUCCUGUCUGAACCACUGCCAGAGAAAGGGCCGAGGCUGGGAAAAUGCGACAGAGGUCCACUGCCGGCGGGUCCUCAGCCGUUCAGUCAGCUGCCAUACGCAUCAUACUCUACAUCCAACCAAUCGGAAUCCAGCCCACUUCUUGUUACCCUGGCAACGGGAGAACUGGACCUGCUGAGUAUCUGUGGCGGGCCCAUUGGGCGAUCCAAAAUUCCAAGACACGCCCCGUACAGCUGCAGUCGUCCCAGUGGGUGUGGUAGGAAAAGGGUUCCUGAUGGUGUGAGGUUCAGUGAAGGCUAUGAUUUGAGUUCCAAAGGAAGUAACUCAGGUAACUCAGUGGUCACCCUUACAGGUAACUAUGGCUGUGUAGAGGACGAGCAACUGGUAGGCAAAAGCUACUGUCUGGGUAGUGCAGUCGAGGUCAGAAGAUGUGCCGCUCUACCAAAAGAAGAGAAAAAUUGCUGUUUCAGUCAAGAUGUCAUAGGUGGUCCGAAGGUUGUUGGUGGUGGAUUUGGCUUUGGUGGAUCACUUGACGUCCCACACAAGAAAGAGGAUCUGCUGAUGUAUAGCAUGAGGGAGGUCAGCGGAGCCACUGGUAGCAACGAGGUUCUGAACAGUAUCAAAACCAGUGUGGAGGUGACGAAAGCCAGCGUUUCUUGGAAAUCAGAGAGCAGCGAAGGUUGUUACCUUGCAGCAACACCACAGUCUGAGGCCUAUCAUAGCUUCUUAGGCAACAUCAACGAGCAGGUGAAAUCAGAGAGUCUGCAGAUAGGGCAACAUGAUUUACACUGUAAUUUCCUGGAGGAUCAGGGCCCAGACUGUGUUUUAAUGGCUAGGGAGAGUCUAACCUUGGAGUCUUUAGGGCACAGACAGGCGUGCAGGCUGAAGGAAGACCACUGUGCUUUGAAAUACGACGUGGACAUCAUUCCAGCUGAAGGCGGCGAACGCAAACAGAAGAAGAGAGAUCAGAACAAAACUGCCGCUCACAGGUAUCGCCAGCGAAAAAGGGCGGAGCUAGAUUCUUUGGAGGAACAGUUGCAUUGCCUUGAAGGGAGGAACCGGGAGCUCCGGGACAAGGCAGAGUCGGUAGAACGUGAAAUCCAGUAUGUCAAAGACCUGCUGAUUGAAGUUUACAAGGCCCGUAGCCAAAGGCACAAGCAGGACACAACAGCGUAACACCAAGCUCCUGCAAGUACAUUUG